UCCUGCACUGUUGCCUUAUCAUGCAAAUAAAAUAGGAACAACAACUCAGUCAAAGGGAUCGCGCAGUAAGCGACUGACAACACAAAUCGUCUUGCUUGUGCAGUGCUAGGGUUUCCACAGUGCUUCACAGUUGACACAAUUCGUAUGCAAAUGAAGUUAUAGACCACUUAAUGAGAAAUUGUGGUCAACAUUCAAAAGUUCAGAUAGGGUACAUAUUUUUCACACAAAGAUUCACGACGAGAUUCGAAGCUCACGUCAAAUUACGCGCUGUUUGUCACCGCCCCGGUCUAGAAGCGCAUAUAGAAUCCUGGAGAAAGGCUUCCCACAGAUAUCAAACUCUCAUAGCAAACAUUCUGUUGAAAAAACUUCAAGAUCUAGCGUGUUUUUGUUGGUUGACAAGGACGUUAGCUGACUGAACAGAUCUAGACACAGAAGCUCAUCCGUACAUUGAUAUUAUUUCAAAAAGGGAAAUCUGAAUCAAAUCCGCUGCUGAUCCACUUGUACAAAUAUAAAUUGAAACAUCAAAAGCGUACGACAUGUUUCCAGGAAGACUGCCACCUUUGAGUUUCACUCCACAACAAAUUGCCAAGGUAUGCGAAACGCUAGAAGAGAGCGGAGACGUGGAUAGAUUGGCAAGAUUCCUGUGGUCAUUACCCAUCGCUCCUGCAACACUUCAGGCUUUGAGCAAGAUGGAAAGUGUGCUUCGUUCCCAGGCAAUUGUGGCGUACCACAUGGGUAACUUCAGAGAACUUUAUCACAUUUUAGAAAAUCAUCGCUUCAGUCGUGACUCUCACGGCAAGCUCCAAAUGAUGUGGUUGGAGGCGCAUUACGUUGAGGCAGAACGUAUGAGAGGACGAGCGCUUGGUCCUGUAGACAAGUACAGGGUUCGAAAAAAGUUUCCUUUACCACGGACGAUCUGGGAUGGCGAGCAGAAGACACAUUGCUUCAAGGAACGGACGCGAACCUUGCUACGAGAAUGCUAUUUACAGGAUCCGUAUCCAAAUCCAACGAAGAAGCGAGAAUUAGCACACGCGACUGGUCUUACUCCAACACAAGUCGGAAACUGGUUUAAAAAUAGACGGCAACGUGAUCGAGCUGCAGCGGCUAAACACAAGUCUGAAGAAGAACAAUCGUCGAGCAAACUUCAUGAUAACACUUCCACGGAGCCGGAUAAAGAUACCUGGAGUGAUGAUGAAACACGAAAAUCGACGACAGAUGAUUUAGGGUUUUAAAAAUAACUAAGAUCAACUAAGUAUAGUUAUAUAUAGAGAUAUAAAUAGUAAAAAUUAAGUAUUGAGGUAAUUUUUAGCGGAAUAACUGUUAUACACAGUAAGAGCUUGUCAUGGAGAGACAUGCCGAAAAUCAAUGGUCCUGUAGCAUUCAUAAAAUACAACGGAGAGAACACUCAAGACUACUACUUUCUCUUAAUAUAUUUAUUGAUGAAUUUUCCUUUCCUCUAUCAUAAAACACUGUUUGAAUUCUGGUUCAAAUCAAACUGUAAGGAAAGCAUGGCCCAAACACCAAAAGAUGGAACUAGACUGCACUAUUCCAAGUUCUGAGAAAGUUACAGGGGCCUUUCUUUUCUUCAUUCCUUCUACACUUGGUAAUUUGAGAUUCGAAUGAAAUCAGACAUUCCGGAAAACCAUAAACAUUUCUUUGGUUCCAGACUGCCCCGAAUAAGCUGUCGCUCUAACAACGAAAGGCUAUCCAAUGACAGGAAAAUAUGGAUUAUAGCACGAAGUAUAAUUGUUGUUGUUUUAACUUAUUGCUUGUAAAUUUAUUUCAAUGACAACUGGUAUUUCUAGGUCUAUGUAAAUUUUACAAAAUUAGAUAUAUAUUCAAAUGCUAGAGUGCAUUCUGUGUUUUACUAUGUCAGAGAACGAAACUGACUUAAAAAGUAAAUUGUAAUAGUUUUCAUAAUAGUUUGGCAAGGGGCAUGAAAAGAAAAUAAGAGGAAAAAAUGAUUCGCAAUAA